AGACUCGUUGUGGGGCACUACGUUGGAUCUCCUCUGUGAUUUCUUCGAGUUUUUGAGAAUCUAAGGAUAUUUUAUGGAUUACAGAAUGAUAUCGAAAUACCCCAACAAUUCAAACUGGAUUUUAUGGAUGGGCUUCUUCCUUAUCUGUCUGCGAUACUGUCAUGGGGAUUUGAGUUAUUCUAUUCCAGAGGAGAUGAAACGAGGAGCUGUGAUAGGUAAUAUAGCGAAAGAUGUCGGACUCGAUGCAAGAACCCUGUCAGUACGAAAAGCUAGGAUAGAUUUUGAAGGUAAUCGAAAGUCUUUAUGUGAAAUUAAUUUUCAGACAGGCGAUCUAGUAAUCACUGAGAGGAUAGACCGCGAGACGCUUUGUGGCUCAAGAGCAUCGUGUUCUGUAAAAUACGAGUUAGUUUUGGAAAACCCUUUGGAAUUGCAUCGGAUUACUGUGCAGGUUCAAGAUGUGAAUGAUAACUCACCUCGUUUCACGAAAGACGAAAUUAAUUUUGAGAUAGGCGAAUCCGCUGAUAGAGGGACUCGAUUCCCUUUAGAUGAAGCACACGACUCGGAUAUAGGAAUAAACGGAAUCCAAGGCUAUUCUGUGGAAAAGAACGACUAUUUCAUUUUAGCUGUACAUUCUAAUUCAGAUGGGGGAAAAUAUAGCGAACUGGUUUUAGAUAAAGAGCUCGAUCGGGAACGUCAGCGAGAGGUGACGUUGCUACUUACUGCUACUGACGGGGGAGCUCCGCAGAGAUCUGGUACUGCAACCAUACACGUCAGUGUACUGGAUGCUAACGACAAUUUGCCAGUUUUUAAUCAGGCAGUCUAUCAAGUUACUUUACCCGAAAACUCUCCACCGGGCACCGUUGUGGUUACUGUAACUGCUAUAGAUGCAGAUGAAGGUGCAAAUGGUGAGGUAACGUAUGACUUUAGUCGCAUAUCCGAUGAAGCAGCCAGACUUUUCUCCAUCGAUAAAGUCAGUGGAGAGAUUAAAGUCAUAGGACCAAUAGACUUCGAGGAGGAAAGUAAUUAUGAACUCCGUGUUCAGGCAAAGGACGGAGCUGGAUUGGCCUCCAAUGCUAAAGUUGUUAUAGACAUUACUGAUGUUAACGAUAACGCACCUGUUAUAUUAAUCAAGUCUCUCAAUGAGCACAUUCCAGAAAAUACACCACCGGGUACCGAAGUAGGCUUACUCAAUGUACAGGACAAAGACUCUGAUGGAAACAGACAAGUUAGGUGCACUAUCCAGGGAAAUGCUCCUUUCAAAUUAAUUCAAACAAUAAAAAAAUAUUUUUCACUGGUUACAAUGGCUGAGUUAGAUCGUGAGCUUAUAGAUGAUUACAAUAUUACAAUUACAGCGACAGAUGAAGGCAAUCCACCAAUGACAUCUUCAAAGAUCAUCCAUCUCUCUGUGUCCGAUGUGAAUGAUAACCCUCCUGUAUUUGCAGAGCAGUCCUACAGCGCAUAUGUGACUGAGAAUAACAAGCCUGGCUCCUCUGUCUGUUCUGUUACUGCGAGUGACCCAGACUGGAGACAGAAUGGCACAGUGUUCUACUCUCUGUUUCCCAGUGAGGUCAAUGGUGUUCCGGUCUCCUCAUAUGUAUCCAUUAAUGGAGACACAGGGGUGAUCCAUGCUGUGAGGGCCUUUGACUAUGAGCAGUUCAGAAGCUUCAAAGUUCAGGUUGUAGCCAGAGACAAUGGUUCUCCUCCACUCAGCAGCAACGUGACUGUGAGUGUGUUCAUAACAGAUGAGAAUGAUAACUCUCCUCAGAUAUUAUACCCUACUCCAGAAGGACUGAGGACCAACUCCUUCAUGACUGAGAUGGUUCCUAAAGCUGCUCUUUCUGGCUCGCUGGUCUCCAAAGUGAUCGCUGUUGAUGCUGACUCUGGACAGAAUGCGUGGCUAAAUCAGAUCGUGAAGUCCACUGAUCCGGGACUUUUCACUAUUGGUCUCCACAGUGGAGAGAUCAGGGCUCAGAGGGACAUUUCUGAAUCUGACAGCAUGAAGCAGAACCUUGUGAUCUCAGUGAAAGAUAACGGACAGCCCUCUCUCUCUACAACCUGUGCCGUAUAUUUACUCAUCUCUGAUAACUUGGCUGAAGUUCCUGAGCUGAAAGACAUGUCUUAUGAGGAGAGCAAUUCUAAACUCACAUCUUAUCUGAUCAUUGCUCUGGUGUCUGUUUCCACAUUUUUCCUCACUUUCAUCAUUCUCAUUGUGGCCAUAAGGAUUUGCCACAGGAGAAAGCCCAGACUGCUGUUUGAUGGAGCAGUAGCCAUUCCCAGUGCAUAUUUACCUCCCAACUAUGCAGAUGUUGAUGGAACUGGAACUCUCCGUAGUGCUUAUAACUAUGACGCCUAUAUGACCACAGGGUCACGUACCAGUGACUUCAAGUUUGUCAGCUCCUACAACGAUAACACUCUGCUGGCUGGCACCACUUUAAAGAAGAGUAAUAAUGACAGUAGUAACAGCCUUGACUUUAUUGAGAAUGGAUCAAAGUUCUCCACUCGAAUUUAA